ACCGGGCUUUGAACUAGGAGCAAAAGUUACUAACCGGUUAUUGCUGGGGCAUGGGCACUUCUGGCUGGUGAUGACAUUUUCGGGGCAGUAGCUGUGUACGUCGCUAUAGGUUUGUUCCUUUCAUUUCCUCUUAGAAACCCUCUGCUUUGGUCUCCUCGGGCACGUUAUCUGGUGGGACUUGGUGGCAGGGAUGCCAGGAGGGUAGAUCGCAGUUUCCACAGAGAGCAUCCUGGCUGUGGGAUCACCGAGCCAGUGCUGUCAGGGCUUGUCUUCACGGGCAGCUCCAGGGAACUACCGCGGUGACCAUGGGGUUGCCUUUCACACCAGCAUGUUCCUUACCCCCCUCUGAUUCAAGCUGGUUGGCUCCAGCACGGUUCCCGCCAGCCGCAGGAGCUGGAUGAGCUCCCCGCGUGGCUGGCAGGGCACGGGGCCUGCCCGGCAGUACCGGGCCGCCAGGCCGUCCUGUUGCGCAGGGGGAGCGGCGGGGCAGGUGGGAAGCGAACAGCAGGGAGCUGUUGGGCGCGUCUGGCGGAGCACUGCACCCCGGCGCCUGCAAGGGUGCUGUGCUGCUGCUGCGCACCCCGCCGGGGCAGUGAGGGGUGUCGGGAUGCGUGCAGGGUGACCAUGUGGCCCCCCCAGAGCUGGCCUGUGGGAAGUAGCUGGUUGGUAACGCCCCAGUGAAUAUUGUAAUUGUGUUUGAUACCGGACAAAGUAUUUAAUGGCCUAGAUAAAAGCAUUCUGGUUGUUUAAUUGGAAAUGCCUUGCUGUUUUACAUAGACCUAGUGCCCUGGGUUUAUGAGAUUUGGAAUUGUGCCGAGAAAUUGUUUCCGUGGAAGCAGAGAUCACUAAAGAAAUAACGCACUCCCCAUCUCCUACAGGAUUAUUCCUCUUACAGCCUGCUGUUCUGAAUAAUUAACUCUUGUAGUGCCGUUACAGCUUAGUGUGGAUUAAAGGAAAUAAUACUUUCCUUUCAAUGUCAUAGAAGCAUUACAUGUAGAGAUAUAUAGAUAUUUUAAUAUCUAUAUGGGUAUAUUUAUAUUUGCGUGUGCAUAUAUAUGUCUAUAUAGAUAUUUGAAGACUUCUGUCUUUAAAUUAAGUCUGUUCUCUCCUUAGUUACAGAGGGGAAAAUCCACCAGCAAAAAAAAAAAAAAAUCAAUGGAGAAGCACACUUUCAUUUUGGCAACUGAUGCGGCUCUGGCAGGGAAACUUGAAAUUAUUCCUCCUUUGCCCUUGUCUUGCCACUGUUCUACGCUUUUUGCCUGGUGACGGGUAUUUUGUAAAACUACUGUGGUGCUUCUAGCCACCUUUGAGGGAAGGGGCAAUGAAUGUAGUUUUUAAUUAAGGUACGAGCAAUGAGCGUCUUCCACCAGUAGGGAGAAUGGCCCAUCUCGGGGAAGCUCUCCAAUGAUAGUACGAGGCUGAGACCAAGCAUGACCACCUGUACACAUACAAGCAAAGUACUAUUUCCUGAAAGUCCUGUUUCUGCCCAUCCAUGUGGUGCUUUCUGAGCACAAGGGCAGCGCAGCUCUUGACUGUUGCUGUACGGCCAUCGCUUCCCUGAAGCCAGUUGUGAGCUGCCGAGUUUACAGCAGUUGAGGCUCUGUCCUCCAGAAAGAAGGAAACCAAAACUACUCUCUCUAAAGUUCAUAAUGUGAAAUAGAAUAAAGACAAGGCAUGAGUAUGUAGGUGACAGUUAAAUUGAUCUUGACUUGGAAGGAGGGAUAUGAAGUUUAAAAAGAAACAGAUUAUUAUAGGUAAACAAAUGACAGAAAUUAAAAAUGGGAAGUUACUAAACUUAGCAAAGGUUCAUCAAUAUGCCAACUUGAAAUACUUAGCAAUUUUAAUAAUAAUUUUCGCUGUAGUUCUCAAUUAUUUUCUAAGAAAGGUACCUCCUGUUAUUUUUUGCUGAAGGAAGGGGAAAUAGAGAGGUGUGACAAUGUGCUAUGAAGCAGCCAGGAGUAAUUUGAAGAACUUGUCUCAUCUCUGCUCCCUCAAGAAGUGUAUGUUUCUGUGGCUUAUUUAGAAACAGGCCUGGCUGCAAAGUCCGACUCCGGAUUGUGCCCUUCUCCAGGGGCUACAAGGCAUUUACACCUGGAGCUUGGAUUUGAAACUUGUAGUGUGUCACAAAUACUCCGCUGGCGGCCAGCUCCCCACGGCUCCCUGACGUAAGCCAUCGGUACAAGCAGCCCAGCCUGCGCUGACCUGAAGCAGGGCGGGCCCCCAGAAAAGCAGCACCGGCUGUGAAAGGCGCAGCUGCGGGGGUGGGCGAGUGGCGUAUACGCUGUUCUGUGGCCGUUACUGGUCCCAAAAUAACGACUUAUAAAAUGUCUGACGGUUUGACAGACCAGAUGAAUGGGCCUUGCUUAAUGCAAAGUGGAAAAUACCUUUCAGCUGCUGCCAAAACACAUGAAAACGGUAACGUGUGCUGUGUAGAUCAUUAGGGCACCUGGGAGCAACUGGAGUGUACUGCAAAAGGCAUUACUCGAAGUUCAGAUUUCCUCAAAAAGAACUAACAACUUUGUAAGGGUAACACAGGCAUGAAAAUCAUUCCUAGUACUGCCUGGGGGGAGGGAAGCUCUCCCUGCUGGAAGAUGAGACAGCUCCCGUGCUCUGUAAGUAGGAGAGCAGCCAUCAAACUGAUGAAUAGUUGUUCCUCCAGAUUUGGCAGCUACUCCAGGCAGCAUAUAUAAAACUUCAAAUUGCUUUAUUUUAUAAAUACAUGAAAGUAGAAAAGAAGUAGUACAUAACUGUUAAGGAUCUAGACAGUGGAGUAAUAGAGCAGCCGUGUGAUGGAAGACGGAGGAAAAACCGUGAUGGAAGUGGAGGAGUAAGGUUUCUUCCAACAGAAAUGGGAGAAAUUCUGUACACGUGAAUUUACACAGUUCAUAGAAAGUCUAAAGAAAGGGAAGGGCGAGCUGCUUGUGCUUUAAUCCGUCAGGGAAGCCCAAAGUGCUUCAGGUUGGCCAAACCUGUGCUUCAGGUUGGCUUUUGUCUCUUCCCUGUUGUUUCCUCAUCGAAUAAGAGGGAGGGCAGGCAUCUGCAGGCAGGAGUUGGUGUCACUCCCUGAGAAGUAACAGAUGAGAGCGCAGCUUGUUGACAUCUCCAGAGAUGCCAGUUGUGUUGGAAGGAGAACCUGUUUGGUGGGUCUGAUUUGAACCUUGAUGAAGGCUGCAGCACACCAGUGUGUACAAGUGAGUAGACUCCGUGAAUAGACGGAAUGUGCCCAGGAGGGACUGAGAACUGCACCUGCACGCUGGUGGGUUCAGAUCACCAGGUGGGCUGUUCAACGCUGCCCGCAGAGCGCGCGCUGAUGAAGGCAGAAAUGAUCCCUGUGAAGAAGAACCAUUUCUGGGGCCGUCCCCAUGGGCUGUCAGGUACUGACAGUAUUUAUGAUCCAGACUGUGAGAACAGCUCCCAAAGCAGGCAGCGCAAUCAAACUGAUACUUGCUGGUGUGCGAACACUGCCAGAGAGAGAACCGAAAAGGGCGACAAAAGCCUGAUUUGCACUGAACUGGUUAGAACAAGCUGCAUCUAAGUUGAAUUGAAACACAAAAAAAGUUCCCGUGCCUUUGAUGUUCCUGGUGUCGCCCUGAAACAUCUGCUAGAGAGCCAGUGCAAGCUGCACCCCAAGUACAUGGAAGCCAUUAACUGUGGCCCACUUACCCAAAUCUGCCUGAGCAGGAGUGGUGCUGAGGCAUCUAGGUGUGAUGUAGAUAGAGCUGAUGUAGCAUAUUACUUUGAAAAAGAUGUAAUGGAUGGCUCUGUAUUGCAUUCCAACUGCUCAUUAACUGCCUCUGCCAAUGGAGAUGCUCUAGAUACUGAAAAAAUACAGAUUUACUAUGCUGAUGAAAAAACACCAGUUUUGCGUGAGACAGCUGGUUGCCGGCUUUAGUGCUGCAGUGGUGUGGUGGUGCUGACUGCUGGCUUUGGCAUCGCUGUGCUAGUUAUUCUGAGGUGGCUGCAGACAUAAAAAUAUGAGAAAGUUGAGAUUAAAGAAAUGGGUGAAAUAAGCGCACCAAGCUCACAGCUGUCCCGAUCUGAAAAAAAGAAAGGCAACAACAGGAAGAGGAAAAAAAAAGAAAGCACAAAAUACAAAUAGUAAGCAGACUCAGCAUAUGUGGAUGGAUUUGGAGAGUUUUUUUCCUUUCUACAGAUUUGUACAGCGAUUGUUCUAAAUUAGUUUAGUAAGAAUGACUUUUUUUGUGUUUGGGUAUAAAUUAAUUUGGGAGUCAGUUACCUAAAUAUUUUAAAUGCAUCCUAAUUUAGAAGCUAAGAAAAUUGUUACAGCUGUCUAUUGAACAUAACGCAGAACGCUCUCACUAGUACUGCAGGUCUGGUUCAGCUUGCAUAAAUACUCUGAGUGCUUCUUGGUUCAUUUACUUAUAGAAAUUCAAAUACUUGCCUUGGCAUAGAGUUAUAUAGCUGCUUUUCUGUUGGCAAAUACUUUUUUUAAAAAAUGUGGAGGUUUGGGUUUUUUUCUGUAAAGUUGCUGGAACUUUUUUUAAGCAAAUAAUUUUAUAAGUAUUACUAAAUAACCAAAUAAGGUUGUGAUAAGCUACUCUGCGGCACCAGAGGCUUUUAUACAGUCAUUUGUCAGGAAGCGUUCCUGCAGUCACUUCCAGAUGUGGAGAUCCCAAGUUUGUAUUCAGGCAACACAGUGAGCUAUUCCCACUUGAGCUCUUUAACAAGGUUCUGACACUCCUAGGCAGGAAGGAUCCCUUGAUCCCAAUGCAAGUGUAAGUUAACCUUGGUGUUCUGCCCAAAUUCAGACUCCGGUAAUAGCUUUCUGUCUACCUAAAUUCCCCUUUUUAGUUUUAACAGGAGGGGAUAUUUUCCAGUGUUGUACAGCUUCACAGAAAAGCUGCACAAUGCUUCAGGACAAGCUGAAAAAGAGCUUUAUUCUAGUAGAGCUGCAGGGGGAAUUUAAGAGCAGAGUGCGAUUACUGAAGUUGGAAUUUGGCCAAGACACUAGAAUUGGACUUCUUUGCUACCUACUCAUCUGCUGCGUUCCUUGUCUGGGAGGUCAUAUUCACCAUGAAGGACAUUUUAAAGAAAAUAAUGCUAGUUGUUAGACACUGAAAUAUUGGCAGUUAUAUUCUCUGUGCUGUGUAUGGGUGCCUGAAGUCCCACCAGUCUAAUCUGCUUACGUUCAAAAUGACACCGCUACACCUAGGCACUGCAGCAGGGUCAGCUCUUGUAUUCUGUUAAUUACUUUCAACGUUACUAGUUUGUAAUUCUAGUAAGUCAGUAAUGCGCUGCUUCUAGGGCAAAUGAUUAAAUACGCACCUCUGAUUCUACUGAAUGAAUAGGAUACCAGGAGAAGUGACAAUGCUUUGGUUCUGUUUCUGCCUUUAUUUAUGCAGAAGAGGAAGAAACUCGCUGUUUAGGGCGUGGGGGUGUUUGUUUAAUAUUUUUGGCUCAACAUACACCAUUUCCAUUUAACCUUAUUCUUGUUCACUUACCUGCUGGAAAAAUUUGGGCUUUGGGUACACAGAAUGGGGCAUAUACAUCAUGUUUCCCCAAACCAAAAUUUUUUGCAAUUGCAUCAGCAGUAUUAAUACAUUCACAAAGUUUUGGCGCAGAGUCUAUAAUUUAUUGCGUGCCUUGCAGAAACACCUCCAAGCUGGCUGUUUUUCAAUCAAGUACAUAUAUCAGCACUGAUAGAAGAUUAAGUGAGAAUUUAAUAUCUGAGCUGAAUUUUCCCAGGUCACAGGAAAAUUCAGAACUCAGCCUAACUCCACACAAUUUUGCAAUGAGGCUUUUAUAAAAUGGAUUAUAUUAAAAAUCUGGAGCUCAGUAACCUUCGGUGCUGAAGAAAUGUAGGAUGAGAAUAAAAAUUUCCUGAGUACGUUGCUUAACCACUUAACUUACGCAGACCUGAUAAAAGCUAUGUGUUUGAGAGGCUUUUGCUGUCCUUCCAUCAGCGAAGACCAUGAGAUGUGCAGUCUUUUCUGGGCAUCUACUGUGCCUUUCAACAUUCUUUUAAAAUCACUGCAUUUUUCUCACUUCUGUCACAAGAAAAAAAACACUCAAGGUGAAUGAUGCGGGUUUGUAUUAAAAGAGAAUAUAAACAUGUAGGCAUAAUUUUUAUUAGAAGAGGCAAAACCGACUAAUUGUUGAAAAAAUCUUAACAGUUAACAGUUUCAGCAUCUUUCUUUGGCUGCUGCUUUUCUUUUUAGAAGGUGAGAUUGAGAAGAGAGGUUGUUGUGGUGCCAUUCAUAUUUAUAUUAUUCAUUAAAGGACUGACCCAUGAAAA